CCUGUUUUUAACCACCACUACCACUACCGCACUACCACCACUCACACAAUGGGCCUUUUCCACCACCACGAGUCUGACGAGGCCAAAGCCUACGAGGAGGUUACCCAGGCCCCGCACAAGGCUGCCCUCUCCCACGAACUCAUCGCCGCUGCCGCUUCCUACGAGGCCGCGAAGGCGUACGAGAAGCACGUCGCUGCCAACGGCAAGCCCGACAACCACGCCAAAGCGAAGGAGCUCCUAGCCGCUUUCUCUGGCGCCUUCGUGGACCACAUCGUCGAGACCAAGGGCCUUGACUUCGUUGACAAGGAGAAGGCUAAGCAUGAGGCCAAGAAGAAGCACAACGAGGUCUUCACGGAGGAGGUCUAUGUUGAGACAUACUGA